AGCGCUUCGCACGCGUUGUCGUCGUUGUUUUAGCUCCAAUUUAGCUGUUUUAGCUGCUUAGUAGUUUUGGCCAAGUAGAAGAGGGGCUCUGCUGCGAACGUGUUUACGAUUUUCAGUGCGAUCCCAAGCUGCGAUUCGAAUGCGGGCUUCGCGUUUUCGCACUCGCAACUUCUUUUCGUUCAUUUCUCACCCAGAAAACACAAUCGCAGUCGAUUGUAGAGUUGAUUUUAGUGAGAAGAGAUCAAAUUUGGUGAAAUCAAUGCGUAGAAAGUGAAUCCAGGCUUAGGUAAAGUUGGGGAAAAGUGAAAAGCUUCGGAAAACUUGGCUUAACAAACAAACACAUUUGGACACACUUGCAUUUGGCGGAUUGAGAUUUCGUGCUCCGAUCUGCCCGGCCCAGAGCUGCACUUGGAGCUGGAUCUGGAGCCAGAGCCAGAGCCACAGCCACAGUCCAACACCUGGGCGAGCGGCGGCCCACCUGCCGGCUUAGAUGCGUCUAAUCCAAACGGCAACCGGCGGUGCUGCUGCGUCCGUUCUGCAGACCCACUCCCAGUCGCAGUACAACUACACCAGCAUGCGUGAAGAUGAUAUCGAGCUGGCCAUUAAAGUGGUCAUUGUUGGAAACGGUGGCGUUGGCAAAUCUUCAAUGAUACAGCGCUAUUGCAAAGGCAUUUUCACGAAGGACUACAAGAAGACGAUUGGAGUGGAUUUCCUAGAGCGCCAGAUCGAGAUCGACGGCGAGGAUGUGCGCAUCAUGUUGUGGGACACUGCCGGCCAGGAAGAGUUCGACUGCAUCACAAAGGCGUACUACCGCGGCGCCCAGGCUUCCGUCCUGGUCUUCUCGACGACGGAUCGGGCAUCCUUUGAUGCUAUCAAAGACUGGAAGCGCAAGGUGGAAAACGAGUGCAACGAGAUUCCCACGGUGAUCGUGCAGAACAAGAUCGAUCUUAUCGAACAGGCGGUAGUCACGGCCGACGAGGUGGAGACGCUGGCCAAGCUGCUCAACUGCCGGCUCAUUCGCACCUCCGUCAAGGAGGAUAUUAACGUGGCUUCCGUGUUCCGCUACCUGGCCACAAAAUGCCAUCAGCUAAUGACCCAGAGCUACGACCAGGCGGCAGGAAACCAGCAGAACUCCAGCCAUCCGCCCUACAGCAGCACGCCCACGAUCAGCGCCUUCAGUCCGACCUUCACAAAGUCCAGCAGCGGUACCAUCGUCCUCCGUCCGGCGAAGAAGGGCCAUGGCUCCAGCGUGGCCCGAAAGCGAAAGAUAGUGCUCAAGAAGUGCGGAAUAUUGUGAGGAGUUGUCGGAUUAGCUGGAUGGAUGGCAGGGGCGACUGGGCGGGCAAUUAAUAUCUGGAGCAUAUUUAACGCCUAAUUAUUUUGGAGCCUAAUGAUGUUGUGGCCGGGUGGCCAGCCAACCGUUGGAUGCAACCACAGCCAUUCACUAGUCGUGCACAGACUCCGCGUGAUGUGGUUCAGACAUGCUUACAGAGCAGCAGAAAUAAUCGGAGGCAGCAAAGUGGAUCUUCUGGAUCUCCACGAAGAUGAGAUACCCUUCAGCGGGUGCUGAGAAACUGAAUAUUUGAUGUACACUACACAACGGAAAGUUUUUUACUACGAAUUACACUCAUCUUAGCACAAAAAUGAUAAGGACCCAAAUCAUUUAAAACACCAUAGAAUUGGCUUUUUACCCCUGCGGUUUUAUAACUUCAACUUAAUGCUCCUCUUUAUAAUUAUGCUGUAUACAAAUUAUAUAGACCCAAUACUCACUUGGCUAUACAAGCCGUUAAACCAAAACAGUAGCACCCGAUCGACAAGGGUAGAUGAGUUCUCAAAACCAUAGACAAUAUGCAUGAGCACUGGCAGUUUCUCAAAAAAUUGCUCCAAUUAGUUUUAGAUAUGAAAUCAAAUUUGUAUGUAUGUAUUAUGCCCACUUUUCUAUAACGGAGACUGAACAGCUUUGCCUUUAUAUUGGAUAUGUAUGUAUAUAGGGGUUAGCUUGGGUAUUAGCUUCCCUAACCAAGCACAAUUAAAAGUCUAUAUAUCACGCUAUAUAUACCAAGCCCAGAUAUCCAUGUGAAAUCCCUUUGCCAAUUCGCGUUGGCCAAAUGUGCAAUUAAUUAUUCAGCUUUUAUAAUUAUUAACUAAUUGCAAGUCAUGUCAAAGCGCAAUUUGACGCGACUCAUGUAGACCAGUGUUCGCAUUCUAUGCAAACAAGGAAUUUGUGAAGCAUGUAACAUGUAAGCCGAAUAGGAGAAUAUGAGUAAAUAACCCUAAGCCUAUUAAUAUUGUAUUUAUACAUGUAAUAACCCAUAAAUAUGUUUACGUAAUAAAUUAUUUUGUGU